UCUCUAUCUCCAAUUGUUAUAAUCCCAAUCUCUUUCUAGCAAUAAGUGCCUACAAACAACUUUCUAUCUUUUCUCUGUCUCUCUCUCUCUGUUCAAGAACUGAGUUGGUAGCUUUGUGUUCACUUCAAUACCCUCUGUUGAGAGACAACCAACCCAUUGAUGAGGGCAGAUCUUCUUGAACUAGAAAACUUAUAAAAUGUCAUGUUACAAAUCACUCUUCUUUUCUCUUCUUACCAUCUCUCUCUUCUUUUCUUUCUCACAUGGAGACUCAGACUUUCUCACCUUCCAAUCACCACCCACUUCAGGGAAAGUUUUUGAAGCAGAAUAUGGUGUGGUUUCUUGGGGGACCAAAAGAUUUCUUGCGGAGGGACCCAAUGGUGAAGGUCCUCUGAACUCAUCUCUUAUCUUGGCUGCCAAGAGGACUCACAGAAGAGACCCUCUUAAUGGGUUCAAGAAAUACUCAGGAGGUUGGAACAUUAGGGAGCCCCAUUACUGGGCUUCUGUGGCUUUAACUGCUGCUCCCUUCUUUGUCAUUGCGGCUAUCUGGUUUGUGGUCUUUGGACUGUGCUUAUCUUUCAUCUGUCUCUGCUAUUUCUGUUGUAGAAGGGCGCCUUAUGGCUAUUCUCGAACAGCUUAUGCUCUCUCUCUUAUUUUCCUCAUACUCUUCACCGUUGCUGCAAUAGUUGGAUGUGUUGUUCUGUACACUGGACAGGGGAAGUUUCAUGAUAUUACAACAAAAACAUUGGACUAUGUUGUAAAGCAAGCCAAUACCACUGUGGAGAAACUUACGAAUGUUUCAGGAUAUCUUAGUGCAGCUAAGCAAGUCGGAGUAGAUCAAGUUUUUCUGCCUUCUAAUGUCCAAACCGACAUUGAUCAGAUUGAAACCAAGAUCAACUCUUCUGCUAGCACCCUUGCUGCUAGAACAACGAAAAAUUCAGGAGACAUAAAACAACUCUUGGAUUCUGUAAGACUGGCUCUUAUCAUACUUGCCGCAGUUAUGCUUGUCUUGACAUUUCUUGGAUUCUUAUUCUCACUACUCGGCAUGCAGUUUCUUGUGUACAUCUUGGUGAUCAUUGGAUGGAUACUCGUUGCAGGAACAUUUAUUUUGUGUGGCAUAUUUCUUCUUCUACACAAUGUGGCUGAAGACACUUGUGUUUCGAUGGAUCAAUGGGUCCAAAACCCAACCGCACAUACAGCUUUAGAUGAUAUACUGCCUUGUAUCGAUAAUGCCACUGCUCAAGAAACCUUGUUAAAAAGCAAAGAAGUCACUUCUCAACUCGUCAAUGUGAUUAACCAGGUCAUCACCAACGUCUCUAAUGGCAAUUUCUCCCCCAACUUUGCGCCGUUGUACUACAAUCAGUCCGGUCCUCUGCUGUCAACCCUGUGCAACCCUUUCAAUUCUGAUUUGACGGAUCGAGCUUGUGCUGCUGGUGAAGUCGACUUGAGCAACGCGACACAGGUAUGGAGAAACUAUAUAUGUCAAGUUUCGGCUAGCGGGAUCUGCAUCACAACGGGCCGUUUGACUCCUUCAAUCUACAACCAAAUGACAGCCGGGGUGAAUGUGAGCUACGGGUUGUAUCAUUAUGGUCCAUUCCUGGUCGAACUACAAGACUGCACUUUUGUGCGACAGACAUUUACUGAUAUAAAUAGAGAUUAUUGUCCCGGGUUGGAACAGUACAGUACAUGGAUCUAUAUUGGGCUGGUUAUGGUUUCUGGUGCAGUUAUGCUCUCUCUGGUUUUCUGGGUUAUAUAUGGGAGAGAGCGACGACACCGUGUUUAUACCAAACAGCACCUGGUUUUUGAAGGGGACAAGCAUACUUAGAAAACUCUAGUUUUUACCUAUUUUUACAUACUGAUAUGCACAUUGGGAUGUAACUUUGUAUCAAGUUUGGUGGUUCAGCUUGGUAUAUGUGAAACGGUUGUUUGUUUGUAGAGUUGCAAUUUAUUAUGUUAGGAUUUCAAGUUUUUUUCUUGUGUU